AUGUGAAGGCACUGCCGUACGCAGCCAGUGACGACGCACCAUGGUCGCGUGGCGGGUGUGAGUGCUGCGACCUGCGCAGAUGUUGGCCAGUAUUUAGGGCCGAUCGCUGAGCGCGAAUAUUCGCACAGCUGUUUCAGGCGCUCGAGAUGCGAAGGUAUGGGGCUGCCUGUUGAUCCGUGUACAGCAGCUCUCUGUCUCCUCCAUGAAAGAACACCUCGAUCUCAACAUCUGCUCUUUGAGAUUCGAGGUGGCAACGAAACGCGUCACGCGCCAAUAGUAUGCGUGUUUUACACGGUUGUCCCUGUCUAUGGCGCCGAGGCCUUGCUCCGUGUGCAGAUCCCUUGCCACUGCCAAGGGCUCGGCGAUGCGCUGUAAACCUACGCAGCGCGAGAAGGAUCCAGCGACCAGCUCGCCUUGGACGCCCACCUCGUCCCUCACUCUCCCCACACACACCCGCACAAUUGCCGUGCACCACCCCAGCCACACCGCACAGGGCCCGCGUGACACCUUUUUGCGGGGCGAGCACCUCUCCUCGUCCUUGGCCCAGUCAAUCAGGCUCGCAAGGCUGCAUUGCACUUUUUCUGUUAAAGUGUACAAGGCACACCUUGCCCUCCCCCUCCCCCCGCCUCCGAGCCACCGCCAGAACAAGGCAAGACGAGGGUGCAAACCGAGGUCCACAGUCUCGCCUUCACACGUCCAGAUCGUCCAUUUCACCCUCUAGUCCUACCUCACCCUACUUGCAUCGCCUCCGAAGUCUUAGCUCGCUCGGCCCCUCCCCUUGAUCCUCCGGUGACCGACCCGGGGGCGCUGCCAUACACUCGCCGCAUCUUUCUACGCGAGCUUCCUCUCUUCUGUUUGCCUACAUUCCUGCUU